AUGAAGUCGCCAAAGAAGGAACCCAGUGUUACAUUGCCUAAUGGCAGGCGACCUAGUAAUACUCAAAACUUGCCAUUCUGUGCUAAUGGAGAUAGGGGUUCACCUAAGCCGAGGCACGGAAGAGUUUCCCCAUCCCAGCGGUACCAGCAAGGCGCCUCGCCAAAGACUGUGAUGCAUUCCAAAUCCCCAAGCCCUGUGAAUGGUGGACCUGUUGUGCCAAAUGCUUAUGCAGGUGCUAAGUACAAUGAGCCGCCAUCACCAAAGGUGCUUCCAAAGCCACCAGUCCACUGGUUUAUGAAUGAAGAGAAUAAGCCUCCACGCUGUGAUGAACUGACAAAUCACUUGAAAUUUAUGCUCAAAGUCCAAGCCUGA